CGCCCCUCUCUCUCCCCUGGACGCUGUGCCAGCUUGAGCCCCUCGUCUGGGGCGGCCCAGGGGCUCCACUUCCUGGGGCCCGGGGCCCAGACAGGAAGCUCUGUCCAGCUUCCUGCUCGGAGCCUCCGAAGGCAGGUGUUGACCAAUGGGAAGCAGCCUGGCUUGCUGACCGCUUCCCAGCCCCCUCGUCAGGCACCUGUCCUUCAGUUGUCCCCGGCAACGGCGGCAGCUGCUGUCAAUCAUACGUGUUCUGGGAGUGACAGUGGUUUUAAAGGUCCUCCAGUCACCAGUGCUGAUAUGCAGGUGUAUGGCCAUCCGGCUGGGGCCAACCUCAGGGUGACUAGUAGCCCCAUGGUCGUCCAGAACCAGACCCCCUACCCAGUUGCAGCCCUGGCUCACAGUUACAGCUCCGGGGCCCCACACUACCAGGGCCUGGUGGUGCCCUACAGCGAGGCCAGGUCUCUGCUGUCCCGUGAGUCCCUGGCCUCCACCACCCUCAGCCUGGCUGAGACCCAGUCCGUGCUGAGUGGCCGACAGGACUGGACCUACGGCUACCGGGUCCUGCCCCCCCUGGGGCCCGGCCAGCAGGGGUCGGCCCAGCCCGGCGAGGGGGUGGAGCAGCUGAGCCUCCCCUCCGGCACUGCCAUGUCAGGGGCCACCAGCAACUCCGCCUCCCUGCCCUCCUACCUGUUUGGGGGCGACGCCGGCAGUCCCCGCCACUCGGCUCGCUCCAAAAAGAGAGCCCUCUCCAUGUCGCCCCUCUCCGACGUGAUGGGCGUCGACUUCAACUCCAUCAUCCGCACCUCGCCCACCUCGCUGGUGGCCUACAUCAACGGCUCUCUGAGCUCGCCCUCCUCCCACCCUGGCCUCUCGCCCCUCCAGCCGGAGGUCUACGGACACUUCCUGGGCGUGAGAGGAAGCUGCAUCCCUCAGGCCAACGCCCUGAGCUUCCCAGGCUCGGUGCUGGCCGUCGCCCCACAGAGCAACCCCGAGUGCGGCCGCAUGCAGAGGCUGGAGCAGGGUGGAGCUCUGGAGAGCCAGAUGGCGAACAUGGUGGUGGAGAAACAGUGCCUCCCGGAGGAGGGAGGGACGCUACAGCCGGCCGUGAGGAGCAGAGAGGAGCCCUCCAGCACCCUGCUGCCGUCCGUACAGUUCCAGCUGCAGUUCAACACCAUCAUCCGGUCAGAAAGCCCUCCCCAGUGUCCACCGCCCCCCUACCACUCCCACCAGCACCUCCACAGGCCUCACAGCUUCCUCCACAGGCAGAUCCAGCCUCAGGCCCAGCCUCGAGGUGUCGCUCCCCAGGCUUCCGCACCUCACCCUGGGCACGGACCCAGCUUCCAGCCCCUGGUCCCCAUGCUGGAGGAGGAGGAGGGGGAGCUGGAGGAGUACGGUGGGGCGCACUACUGCAGGUGGAUGGACUGCAGUGUCUUCUGUGACCUGAAGGAGGAGCUGGUCAGGCACAUCGAGAAGAUCCACGUGGACCAAAGGAAGGGAGAGGACUUCACCUGUCUGUGGGCGGGAUGUCCUCGAAGGUUCAAGCCCUUCAACGCUCGCUACAAGCUGCUCAUCCACAUGAGGGUCCACUCCGGAGAGAAACCCAACAAGUGCACGUUCGAUGGCUGUCAGAAGGCUUUCUCUCGUCUGGAAAACCUGAAGAUCCACCUGCGUAGUCACACCGGAGAGAAGCCGUAUCCCUGCCAGCAUCCCGGCUGCCACAAAGCCUUCAGCAACUCCAGCGACAGAGCCAAACACCAGCGCACACACCUGGACACUAAGCCGUAUGUUUGUCAGAUCCCAGGAUGUGUGAAGAGAUACACAGACCCGAGCUCUCUGAGAAAACACGUCAAGUCCCACUCCUCCAAAGAGAGACACCUGAGGAAGAAGGUUAUCGCCAUAGAUACAGAAAUAUGA